AUGGCCCAAUUCCCUACUAUUGAACAGUUAUCCAAGGCGAAGACGGAUUCCGAGCUGAGUCAUGAAUCACGCGGCCUGGUCGCGGUUGUGCGCUUCUCUAGCUCAUCGUCGGGUGUUGACUUCGUCUUCCAGGGCACAGGUGUGGCCGAAGUGAGGGCGGCGACGGGCGACGCGGCAGUCACCAUUAGUGCUAGCGACGCGUUCUGGAACACGGCCCUGAAGCUCGAGGAUGGUGCGCCAAUCCCGGGAUACGAGAGUCUCACGAUGGCGCAGACCAGCGGCCUCAGCGUCUCGGGCGACUUUCUGGGUGUGAUCGCGCCGUACCAGCUUGCGCUACAGCGCCUCUUCAUCCUGUUCCUCGACAUUGCUCGACCGGUCAAGCGGCACCCGUUCGUGGAGACCUUCCGCGACACCGACACCGCGGUUGGUCGCUAUGUCUGGGUCAAGGCCAACGGCACUGAGGCGCGCAUUUACUACGAGGAGGCCGGCACGGGACCGAUCCCGUUCCUUCUCCAGGCCACCGCCGGUGCCGACAGCCGCCAGUACCGGUACUUCCUCGCCGACCCGGUGUUGCAGAAGCGCUUCCGACUGAUCGCGUACGACCUGCCCUACCACGGUAAGUCGAUGCCGCCGUCAGACGACCGCUGGUGGGAGAAGAAGUAUCUGCCGGACGUCGACUACCUGAUGUCCUGGGUGGUGGGCCUGGCCGAUGCGCUGUCGCUCGAUCAGCCCUGGUUCAUGGGCUGCUCGGUCGGCGGCCAGCUCGCGCUCGAUCUCGCGGCCGAGCACAAGGACCGCUUCGGCGCCUUCUUCUCCCUGAAUGGCUGGUACGACUGCCCGCCUACGUUCAAAUCCUUGUCCAACGAUAUCUUCCGAACGCCAUCCAUCUCGCCGCAUCUGUUCUCGGCCAACAUGAUCGGCGCCUGCAGCCCUUUGGCCCCCGAAUUCAAUGUCCAUGAAGUCCAAUGGAUCUAUGCCUCCAACUACCCCGGCAUCUACGCGGGCGACAAUGACUACUUUGCUAGCGGGCACGACAUGAAGCGGAAUGGUCAUAAGAUCGACGGGAAGAAGCCCGUCUACCUGCUCACCGGCCAGUACGAUCACACUACGCACGAUAAGGAGCACGGCGCCCCGGCCGUCGCUAAGAACAUCCCGAGCAUCAAGUUCAGGGUCCUAAAGGGCCUUAGUCAUUUCACCAUGUCCGACGAUCCUAUCGCCUUCCGAAAUACGUUGCUGCCCAUUUUGGAUGAGGCCCUGGCGGAGACCAAGUCGGUUUGA